AUGGCUCCUUGGUACACGCAUAUACCUAGCUUUCGUUUUUCACACCUGCCCUGGUCGUCGAUUGAGUUCUGCAUUGAGCGGGAAAACAGUGCUUGUUUCGCCAAGAAGCGCUCUACUCAUGAUGCAAUUGAACCCCAGGCUCAAGCACCGUAA